AUGAGAAGCGACCUACCUGACUCGCCCGACUGGGGCGACAGUGAUGCUGAGCUUGAUGCUGAGAUUGCAGGUGAGCAAGGCUUGGUCUGGCCGGGGGACGACUGUCCCGAGCCUCCCGACCGCGGGGACGGCGAGUCCGACGGUGAGGCCGCAAGCCUCGCCGACUUGUCCCCUCCCGAGUUUGCGAAGUAUCUGCCCGAUGCAAGUAGCAGUGCAAGUGCCGCGAAGCCUGUACAUCCUAGCCUCGACUUCAAGGCAGGCCACGCCGCCGAACAGGCCAUCAGAAUGCUUGACGACGAUGAUUUCGAGAAGAAGCAGAUUAAGCCUAGAGAACCUCCCCACACCGCGAAAUCUGAAGAGCUCCCUUACCCUCAGGGCGCCUUUUAUGCUGGCAUGUACCGCAAAGGCAAUGGCAUCUCGGGCCUUCGCAAAUCCUGUCGGGAAUUCCCCUUGUCUGUCGCAGCCAUCAAUGCGUUCAUGGCCCGUGCUGUGCCUACAGCUUCUUACAAUGCAUUUGCCAUACUUGACAAUGUCGCUUCCCCUGCACACCGUGACCUGCAGAAUGAACCGGUGGCCAGUCAUGUGCUGGCCCUCUCUGCUUUCGCAGGCGGGGGCAUCUGGGUACAGUGCCCCCGAGGGGCCGUCUGCCGUCGUGUUGCUGGGGUUAACACUCCUGGCAAAGUGCUGAGCCUUGAUAAAGGCCCUGUGCAGCUGGAUGCUGCUUCGAGUUUGCACUCUACUGAACCUUGGCAGGGUGAUCGUGUGAUCCUGUCUUGCUACACCUUGAAAGGCUAUGACCUCUUGACGUCUGACCAGUGCAACAGCCUCCUGCAACUCUCCUUCCCCUUGCCCUUGCAGGUUGGGCAAUGCGCCCGCCCGUCACCUGUGGACUAUGCGGCCUUGCGCGCUGCCACUGGUACACAGCCCAAAGCCAGCAAGACGGUACCCUUGGUACCUGAACAUCGUGCUGUCAUCGUUGUUCGAGGCCCGGCCCAACUGCUCCAGCCUCCCUGUGUCCUCAGACAACGCCUUGAAGCUGACUGGGCGGUGCCGACAUCAUGCACGUGUGCCUGGCCUUCCAUUCCGAAGUAUUCCCAACUUCUUCGGAGUGACUUGCUUGAUGUUGAGGUUAAGGAGGGAAGUUCUGGGAAGGUGCUUGAACUUGCGUGGGGGACGCCAUCUGAGUUUGUCGACUGCGCAGUGGCUGCAGGCCACCCCUCCCUGCUCGAAGCGAACCUCCCGCAGGAGCUGCAGGAUGCGAUUACGGAUUCUUCAAAAAUGACUCCCAAAAAUCUUGCCUCACAUAGGCUAAGGGUGCUCAAGGAGUGGUCCCGCAGGGCAAAGGACCUUGAGAAGGAUGAGAAAGCCUUUAAAAGUUCCUUUCACCCUGAGGUUCGACCGAUCCUAGCCCCUAAACGCCUUCUCCUCUUUAAGAGCCUCCUGCAAGAAUAUGGUUACCCGGAUUUAGAUGCCUUCAAUGAGCUCGUCAGUGGAGUCAGCUUGACCGGGGAUGCUCCACACACUGGGAUCUUCAAUGCGGCGGAGCGGCAUGCUUCUAUGUCUGAGGCCGAACUCAAAGCAAAGGCGAAGGUCAUCCAGCAGGAGGUGCUUGGAAAGGUCACCAGUCAAGGAAGUGAGAUUGAUGCGAUCGUGAAACAGAAGACGGCGGAGGAAGUGCAAAAGGGUUGGCUUGUAGGCCCCUUUGAGAUUGAGGACCUGCCCGAACAUGCCAUCAUAAGCAAACGUUUUGGUCUGCCACAAGCUUCUGGAAAAACCCGCCUCAUCGAUGAUUUCUCAAUUUCGCAUGUCAAUGAAUCUGUUGGGGCUGGUGAAUCACCGAAGCCGCAUACCGCAGAUGUGCUCUGUGCAAUGACCCUUCAGGCCAUGAGGGCUUUUCCUGGAAGAAAGUUCGUGGGUCGUGCCUACGACCUACAAGCAGCCUAUAGGCAAGUCCCUGUCCAUCCCUCAUCCUCGUGGGCUUCGUAUGUUGCAUAUUAUGACUGUGACGAGAAGAGGCCUCGCAUAUACAGGUGUCGUGCUUUACCGUUUGGAGCAACCAAGUCAGUCUACGGAUUCCUUCGCAUAUCGCACGCCUUAUGGUGGCUGGGAGUGGUUGCGCUAAAGCUGGCUUGGUCACUAUAUUAUGACGACUUUGUCGUCCUCUCCGAAUCCUGCCUUGCGAGCAAUACCAACAGUUCAAUCCAAAUCUUCUUCACUCUCCUUGGGUGGGCCUUUGCGAGGGAAGGUUCGAAAGCCGAGCCGUUCAACAGCAUUGGGCGUUCGGCUCUGUGCAACACUGAGUCCCGCACCAACGAGUUUUGCACGUCUAUCCGUGCGAUCAUGGACGCUGGUACGUUGACCAAAAGUGCAGCACUAAAACUCCGUGGCAGGAUGCAGUUUGCUUGUGGGCAGGUCUUCGGUAGGUUGGCCAAGGUUUGCCUCAAGCAUCUCACUGAUUUUGCUUACGGCGAUCUGCCUCCAAAUGUGCCUGCUAAUCUUCUUCAUGCGCUUCAAGGGUUUUGCGGGGUCCUCAAGGAAGCUUCUCCUAGACUGGUGCAGGUCAUGCGACAGGAACCGAUGUUUGUUUUCACCGAUGCUUGCUUUGAGCCCUCGGCAUCGGACUGGAAGUGUGGCAUUGGCGGUGUCUUGUUCAAUCAUCGAGGUGAUCUUAUCGGGUCCUUCUCUCACUCCCUAUGCUCUCGGCAUCAAGACCUUCUUGGUGCGCAGGUUCAAAAGACGAUAAUCUUUCCCGCCGAGCUUCUAGCCCUCCUUUGUGGAAUGAGGCUAUGGCUGCCGGCCCUGAAGGGGCGACCCACUGUAUUCUUUGUAGACAACAAUUGCGCUCGUGACGUUUGCAUCUCUGGGUCAGGCCGCGCCGCUGUCAUCAAGGCCCUGUUGCAGGUGCUUCUCAAGGAUGAAGAAAGUGCGGGCAUUGCUUCGUGGUAUCAGAGGGUGCCAAGUCCUUCAAAUCCUGCAGACGACCCUUCAAGAAGGAAAUGUCACCACGUCACAGUCGGUCGCAAGACUGUCAAGUGCACCGAUGUUGAAGAAAUAGUGGAAAAGAUUUUCUUUGAAUUUGAGGCUAAUAAGGGAAGUUUGUUGUAG